AAUGUCUUCAUCGAAACCCAUACUCGGCUACUAUAAGAUCCGUGGUUUGGCUCAACCGAUCCGAUUGUUGCUGAAGUAUACGGGCGUUGAUUUCGUGGAAAUAGACUACGAGUUCGGUCCGGGAGAAGGUUUCCAACAUUUGGACAGUAUUAAGCAGUACUGGUUGAAGGAAAAGUAUACAAUGGGACUGGACUUUCCUAAUCUACCCUAUUAUCUGGAUGGACAACAUAUUAAGCUGACACAGAGUAUGGCAAUUUUGAAACAUUUGGCCCGUAAGCAUGGACUGGUUGGCCAGACAGUCGGUGAACUGGCCCGACAAGAUAUGGCCGAAUAUCAGUUAGCCGACUAUUAUUUGGCAUUUUUGCAAAUGUUAGUCGACCCGUCCGAAGCGGCCAUCGUCCGCCAGACCUAUAUCGACGAUCAACUACCGAAACAGUUGGACGAAUUGUCCAAAUUUUUGGGUCAACAACAACAACACGACUGGUUGGCCGGCAAACAGUUGACGUACGUUGACUUUUGGGCCUAUGAACUACUGGAUUGGUUUCGGUUGUUUAGUCCCGAAACGAUGGCCAAGUUUCCCGUUUUGAUCGAAUACUUGACCCGAUUCGAGAAUCUACCCGCAAUUAAGGCCUAUAUGUCGUCCCAGGAGUUUAUCAGUUGGCCUAUUAUGAGUCCAAUGUUUCCGCAAUGGGGUUAUCGAAAUCAACGACAACACACAAUGUCUUCAUUGAAACCGAUUCUCGGUUACUAUAAAAUCCGUGGUUUGGCUCAACCGAUACGACUAUUGCUGAAGUAUACGGGAACCGAGUUUACCGAAAUUGAUUACGAGUUCGGACCGGGAAAUGGUGUAGAAGAUAUGGCAUCAAUUAAGCAGCACUGGCUUAAAGUUAAGCUAACGUUGGGACUGGACUUUCCCAAUCUACCCUAUUAUCUGGAUGGACAACAUAUUAAGCUGACUCAAAGUAAGGCUAUACUCCGAUAUUUGGCCCGUCGGCAUGGACUGAUUGGCCAAACAGAGUGUGAACUGGCCCGACAGGAUAUGGCCGAAUACCAGUUAGUCGACUAUUUGGCCACAUUUAUGGCAAUGUUGUUCAACCCGUCCGGACUAGAGGCCGCCCGUCAGACCUAUAUCGCCGAUCAACUACCGAAACAGUUGGACGAAUUGUCGAAGUUUUUGGRUACAAACCAGUGGUUGGCCGGCAAACAGUUGACGUACGUUGACUUUGUUACCUACGAGUUCAUGGAUUGGUUGCGAUUGUUCAGUCCCGAAACGGUGGCCAAAUUUCCCGUUUUGAUCCAAUACUUGACCCGAUUUGAGAACCUGCCGGCAAUCAAGUCAUACAUGUCGUCCCCCGAGUUUAUCAGUUGGCCAGUGUUUAGUCCAGUAGUGCCCUGGGGUUAUAAAAAAUAAAAUAUAAUAAUAAUAAUAAUAAUAACUWCUGUA